AUCAAAAAUGUCCAUGUGCUACCGGGGGUGGGGCUGCCAGGGUAGGAGGAAGAUGGCGGCGGGCGCGAGGUGAGGUGUUGGCGGUAGACAGGGGUUCGGGCGCGGGGGGCGGGGGGAUCUGAAGCUAUGGCCCGCGCUGGCCGCAGGGGCGGAUCAGAAUUCGUUGCGCCGCGGGUGUAGGAGGGAGGGAGGGAAGGACGACCAGGCGCCACGAGAGUAUGACGGGGCUGUAUGAGCUGGUGUGGCGGGUGCUACAUGCGUUGCUCUGUCUGCACCGCACGCUCACCUCCUGGCUCCGCGUUCGGUUCGGCACCUGGAACUGGAUCUGGCGGCGCUGCCGCCGUGCCGCCUCCGCCGCGGUCCUAGCGCCGCUCGGCUUCACGCUCCGCAAGUCUUCGGUUGCUGGCAGGAAUCGCCGGCAUCACCGGCAUCCGCGUGGGGGGCCGGGCCCGGUCGCCGCCCAUCCCCGGUUGCGCUGGCGCGCUGACGGCCGUUCCCUGGAGAAGCUGCCGGUGCAUAUGGGCCUGGUGAUCACUGAAGAGGAGCAGGAACCUAGCUUCUCGGACAUUGCGAGCCUCGUGGUGUGGUGUAUGGCAGUGGGCAUCUCCUACAUUAGCGUCUACGACCACCAAGGAAUUUUCAAAAGAAAUAAUUCCAGAUUAAUGGAUGAAAUUUUAAAACAACAGCAGGAACUUCUGGGCUUAGAUUGUUCCAAAUAUUCACCAGAGUUUGCAAAUAGUAAUGACAAAGAUGAUCAAGUUUUAAAUUGCCAAUUGGCAGUGAAGGUGCUGUCCCCAGAAGAUGGAAAAGCAGAUAUUGUGAGAGCUGCACAGGACUUUUGCCAGUUAGUAGCCCAGCAGCAAAAGAGAUCUACAGAUUUGGAUGUAGAUAUGUUAGACAGUUUAAUUAGUUCAGAUGGUUUCCCCGAUCCUGAUUUAGUAUUGAAGUUUGGUCCUGUGGACAGCACAUUAGGCUUUCUUCCCUGGCACAUCAGAUUGACUGAGAUUGUCUCUUUGCCUUCCUACCUAAACAUCAGUUAUGAGGACUUUUUCUCUGCUCUUCGUCAAUAUGCAGCCUGUGAACAGCGUCUGGGAAAAUAGUAAUCCCUAGUUGCGUCAUUUGAUUUCAGGCUUUUGGAGAAAAGGACACAAAUGACUCUGAUGUUUACAAAGCACCUAUGAAACCCUAUAUACACCCAGUCCAUAAUCCUAAUUUAUCAACAAACACAAAAAAGUGUCUUACUUGAGAGUGAAUGAGUGUGUCCACAUGCACACGUGAGUGCGUGUAUGAGAAUUAAUGUAUAAAUGAGGGAAGUACUGGAGAAGGAAGUACAUAGUCCUGCAACUUUGAACAAAUAGCAGUAAUGUUUAGGAUUUGAAAUUUCAAACUUAAAGGCUUCAGCUCCAACUACUUCCCUGUUUUUGUGGGGAGAGGAUGGGGUGAUUAGUUUUGGUUGUUGUGUUGUGGGGAGGGGAAUAAUUUCUGUUUAGUCUUUCUUAGUGACCAAACUUUAAUUUUUAAGCAUAAUAUAUUGACUAUUAUUGGAAGCAUAAUGAGUAUCAGGACUCUCCAAAGGAAUGGAGUUCUUUGCUGCUCACAUGUUAAAAACUUUGGAGCAGAGGGAAUACCUAUCUUCAGAUAUCCGUCCAUUUUCAUUUCUUAUUUCAUUAUGGUCAAAUGAUGUGACUUGGAAGUAUUGCUCUG